AUGUCCCUCAAAAUCCUUCAUGUUUUGUUGAUUAUUUUUCAAGCCACAGUAUGUGAAUUGGAAACUAAAAAGAUUAUUGAGUUAUUGGAAAGUGGCAAUACAAUAGAAAAUUAUGAUACUGUAAAAGCAAGAAUUGGUUCAUUUAUUGAUACGAAAGAGAUAAAAAUUCAUAAUAACAUUGAACUCGGGAAGGAAUUGAAAGUGUUAAAUGAUGAAUAUCCACAAAUCACUUAUUUAUACCAAAUUGGAAAAUCAAUCAGAGGUACAUUUCUAACAGUACUUGCAAUCGGAAAGUUUGCAAGGCAGAAUACUCCCGGAAUUCCAGAAUUUAAAUAUAUAGCAAAUAUUCAUGGCAAUGAGAUAUCAGGUAGAGAAUUACUGUUAUGUUUAGCCCAUGUUUUACUUGAAAACUAUGGUAAAAACGAGCUGAUAACAUCACUAGUGAAUAAAACCAGAAUUCAUCUUUUACCAACCAUGAAUCCUGAUGGAUUUGAAGAUGCUACUCCUGGAAUUCAUGGAUGGAUUCAGGGUCGAACAAAUGCAGCUGGAAUUGAUUUGAAUCGUAACUUUCCUCAGCGACUAGGUCCAAAUUCAGUGCGGAAUAUGCAGCCAGAGACUGAAGCUAUCAUUCGUUGGACAAAAGCAAUUCCUUUUGUGUUAUCAGCAAACUUGCAUGAUGGUUCAACAGUAGUGAAUUUUCCUUAUGACGAUGGACGAAUUGAAGGUGUUGAGGCAAAAACCGGUGACCAUGAGCUCUUUGUUCAACUUGCUUAUUCAUAUGCUCGAGCGCAUAAGUUUAUGUGGAAAAAAGGUCCAAGAUGUAUAGGUCGUUUUGAGGAUGACGAACUUGACGAAGGAAUUACAAAUGGAAAUAAAUGGUAUAGUGUUUCAGGAGGAAUGCAAGACUGGAAUUACGUGUUCGCAGACUGCUUCGAAUUGACAAUUGAAAUGAGCUGUGAAAAAUAUCCAAACAGUAAAGAGUUGAAGCAAUUAUGGGAUGAACAUAAAUUCGCUUUAAUUUCAUUUAUUGAAAAGAUCCACAAGUCAAUUUCCGGUUUUGUAUUAGAUGGAUCAAGCGGUAUAGGAAUUCCCAAUGUGUUAAUUUUUAUAGACAAAAAUAGUAAAGUUAUAUCAAGUAAUGCUCAUGGUGAUUUCUGGCGUAUAGUAAUUCCUGGCACUUACAACGUUACAUUCCAACAUAGUCUCUACGAAUCAGUUGCUAAAACUGUUCAUAUCACAAGCGAAGUGCCUUAUAAGGUUUUCAAUGUCACACUACGGAGAAAAUCGAGAUUCUGGAAUUUUGAUUACGACAAACGAUGA